AUGUCUGACGUCGAAGUUGAACAACCCGUUCAAGAAGUUGAACAACAACAAGAAGCUGUUGUCUUGUACACUGCUAUCCCCAAGGAUGUUGUCGCCAACGCCGGUCAAAUCAAGCUUUUCAACAAGUGGAGCUUCGAUGAUGUCGAGGUCAAGGACAUCUCCCUCACUGAUUACAUUCAAAUUAGACAACCCGUCUACCUCUCCCACUCUGCUGGUAGAUACGCCAACAAGAGAUUCAGAAAGGCUCAAUGCCCAAUUGUCGAGCGUCUCACCAACUCUCUCAUGAUGAACGGCCGUAAUAACGGUAAGAAGCUUAAGGCUGUCCGUAUCAUCCAACACGCUCUUGAAAUCAUCCACUUGCUCACCGAUCAAAACCCUCUCCAAGUUCUUGUCGAUGCUAUUGUCAACACUGGCCCAAGAGAAGACUCUACUAGAAUCGGUUCUUCUGGUACUGUUAGAAGACAAGCUGUCGAUGUCUCUCCUUUGAGAAGAGUCAACCAAGCUAUUGCUUUGUUGACCAUUGGUGCCCGUGAGGCUGCCUUCCGUAACGUCAAGACCAUUGCUGAAUGUCUUGCUGAAGAACUCAUUAACGCUGCUAAGGGUUCUUCCAACUCUUACGCUAUUAAGAAGAAGGAUGAGCUUGAGCGUGUUGCCAAGUCCAACCGUUAA